UAUUCUGCUUGUUCCAGGGAGAAGGCUCUGGCACUAUCUGGACAUCAAGGAAUUGAAAAAGCCAUGGACUGGCUGAUCGAGCACGAAGAUGACCCCACUCUAGACGAGCCGUACGUGGCCCCUCAGGGAAACGUCUUGGGAACGACAGAGAAACCGGAGAUGGGAGCUGCAGAGGUGACUUUCGAAGAAAACUCCAGCCAAAUCCAACGUAACACUUCCCUUUCCGAAGAGGAGAAGAAGGAGCAGCUCAAAAGGCUGGAAGAGCUGAUGAAGCAGCGACAGCUAGAACGAGAGGAACGCGAGAAGAAGGACGAGAUAGAGCGGGAGAAGCAGAGGAGGAAACAGGGCCAGGAGCUGUCGCUGAUUCACCAGAAACUGCAGGAAGAGGAGAUGAAGAAAAUUGCGGAGGAGAGGCGGAAAGAGAAGCUGGAAGAUAUCAGAGCCAAGCAGAGAGUUCGAGAGAAGAUUGAAAGAGACAAAGCAGAGAGAGCCCUGAAGUUUGGUGGCGGAGGGCCACCUGCUGCUCCUGCAGUGCAGCCAACACCCGCAAUCCCUCAGUCCAGCACAGGGCCGCUGGCCAAACGGGAGUACGACGAAUGCAGGUUACAGAUCCGGCUGUUAGAUGGCUCCCAGCUCACACAGUCGUUUAAAAGCCGCGAACAGUUGGCUGCUGUGAGACUCUACAUCCAGCUGCAGCAGCAGGAUGAUCUCGGGAACUUCAACCUAAUGACAUCUUUCCCGCGCAAAGUCUUCUCAGAGGAGGACAUGGAGAAGCCUCUACAGGAGUUAGGCCUUGUUCCUUCUGCAGUCUUGUUUGUUUGCAAGAAAUAAGCCCAGUCUUUGGGGAUGGGGUGCCGGGACCCCCACCCAAUUCCACCUUCCCUCGCUGCAGUACUAAGCCUGUGGGGCGUCUGUUCCAAAACAAAAUCUACAAAGUGGCAGAUCGAGAGAGAGAGAGAGAACAAGGAGAGGGAGCAAGUGAGAAGACAUGGACUUGUAUUCUCUUCCCUGAUCUCAGCACUCAGUAACACCAGGUGUGUGAGUGUGGCAUCUCCAUUGCUUUACCUGUGUGAAAAAUGCUGCCUUUAUGCUAGCGAUUUGUUUGUCUCUGCGUAAUUUAAGAGAGAAAUAAAGAGCUGUAAAAUUU